GACAGUUUCGUCUGCACAGUUUAAAACGAAGAAAAUUCAAAGGUUCAGUAAUCGCUAAUUCACUAUUAUUAGAUCCACGAUGUCUCUUUCGGCUGAUAAAUUGAUACGUUUUGGCACCGGCAGUUCAAGUUUACUGAAAUUAUUGAAUAAAAACGAUAUUCGAGCUGGAAAUGGAUUUCUUGUAGGUCGUGGUUUCCAUUUGUCAUUUGGUGAAUUUGCUCAAUCCUCCUUAGGGUCACAAGCACGAAAAAGAUUUUAUAAAAAAGUCAGCACAGUCCAGUCAAACAAAGAUUUUGAAAUUGUUCUUGACAACCGAAAAUUAAAAACUCCUGCAGGCAGCAUAUUUCGUGUCUCUAGCGAGCCAUUAGCUUUGGCUGUGGUCAAUGAAUGGGAUGCCCAAGAAGAAAAAAUUUUAGUCUCAUCAAUGCAUAUUACAUCUCUAGUAAACACUAUUCUAGAUAACCCAAACAAAUUGCGGAAGCAAGAUAUCAUCAGCCAUAUUCUUACAUACCUCGACAAUGACACACUUUUGUGCAGGGAAGAGGGUAAUCUUGAGUGGUCUGCAGAACAAACAAAAAAGUGGGAUCCAUUAGUUGAAUGGUUUAAUAAGAGGUAUGGUGUGACUGUGGAACCUUCUUGUGCCAUAACCGGUCCCAACCUACCAAUACAUGCAAGAAAAGCACUCGAGAAGUAUUUGCACUCCCAUGAUUUUUGGACACUUAAUGGACUCAUGUUUGCUGUUGAAUCGGUAAAAUCGCUGAUUUUAGCGCUAGCCUGCGUCGACCGACACCUUAGCGUUGAAGAAGGCGUACGCUUAGCCACGCUAGAGACAGAUUUCCAGACUCGACAAUGGGGCCGAGUGGAAUGGGCUCAUGAUAUGGAUAACUUCAAUAUUCAAGCUCGGUUUGCGGCAUCUAUUCUAUUUGUACAUCUUACGUCAAGUUCAUCGUCAAUAGAAGAUAAAUACAAGAAAUGAGUAUUGUGGAUGGAAUAGCUGCUGUGGUUAGCAGGUAAUAGAUUUGUUAACCUACAA